AUGAAGUACAUCCUAGUCACCGGUGGGGUCAUCUCAGGCAUUGGUAAAGGGAUCAUCGCGAGCAGUAUUGGAACGAUUCUAAAAUCAUGCGGACUCCGAGUUACGGCCAUCAAAAUUGACCCCUAUAUUAAUAUCGACGCGGGCACUUUUUCACCUUAUGAGCAUGGCGAAGUGUUUGUCUUAAAUGAUGGCGGAGAAGUUGAUUUAGACCUUGGAAACUACGAAAGGUUCUUGGACAUUAAUCUUUAUAAGGACAACAACAUCACCACUGGGAAGAUAUAUCAACAUGUGAUCAAUAAAGAGAGGCGUGGUGAUUACCUGGGGAAAACAGUACAAGUCGUCCCUCACAUUACCGAUGCCGUCCAGGAGUGGGUGAUGAAUCAAGCCGUUGUACCUGUGGAUGGCAAUAAGGAAGAGCCCCAGAUAUGCGUUAUUGAGCUGGGUGGCACCAUUGGAGACAUCGAAGGAAUGCCAUUUGUGGAAGCAUUCAGACAAUUCCAGUUUAAGGCAAAAAGACAGAAUUUCUGUAAUAUCCACGUUAGCCUUGUCCCACAGCCCAGUGCCACCGGAGAACAAAAGACCAAACCUACACAAAACAGUGUCCGUGCGCUGAGAGGGUUAGGCCUGUCUCCAGAUCUGAUUGUCUGCAGAAGUUCAACGCCCAUAGAGAUGGCUGUGAAGGAGAAGAUUUCCAUGUUUUGUCAUGUGAACCCUGAACAGGUCAUAUGUAUCCACGAUGUUUCUUCCACAUACCGGGUGCCUGUGCUUUUGGAAGAACAAGGCAUGAUUAAAUACUUUAAAGAGCGAUUGGACCUGCCUAUUAGUGAUACUGCAAAUCAUUUGCUUUUCAAGUGGAGAAAUAUGGCUGACAGGUAUGAAAGGUUACAGAAAACAUGCUCCAUAGCCUUGGUUGGCAAAUACACCAAGCUCAGGGACUGCUACGUCUCCGUGUUCAAAGCCCUGGAGCACUCGGCCUUGGCCGUCAAUCACAAGUUAAAUCUGAUGUACAUAGACUCCAUUGAUCUGGAGCAUACCACCAAAACCGAGGACCCUGUGAAAUUCCAUGAAGCUUGGCAAAAGAUAUGCAAAGCUGAUGGUAUUCUUGUGCCAGGAGGCUUUGGAAUCAGAGGAACCUUGGGGAAACUCCAGGCGAUUUCUUGGGCAAGGGCAAAGAAGAUUCCUUUUCUAGGCAUUUGCCUUGGGAUGCAGCUGGCAGUGAUAGAAUUUGCAAGAAACUGCCUCAACUGGAAAGAUGCCGAUUCCACAGAAUUUGAACCAAAUGCCUCCAUUCCUGUGGUGAUCGAUAUGCCGGAACACAACCCUGGCAAUAUGGGAGGAACCAUGAGGCUGGGAAUAAGAAGAACGGUUUUCAAAACGGAAAAGUCAAUAUUAAGGAAACUUUAUGGUGAUGUUUCUUAUAUAGAAGAAAGACACAGACAUCGGUAUGAGGUGAACCCUAAUCUGAUCAACCAAUUUGAGCAGAAUGACUUAAGUUUUGUAGGUCAGGAUGUCAAUGGGGAGAGAAUGGAAAUCAUUGAACUCGCAAAUCAUCCCUAUUUUGUUGGUGUCCAGUUCCAUCCUGAGUUUGCUUCUAGGCCGAUGAAGCCUUCCCCGCCGUACCUGGGGCUGUUACUUGCAGCAACUGGGAACCUCAAUGCCUACUUGCAACAGGGCUGCAAACUCUCCUCAAGUGAUCAAUAUGGUGAUACCAGUGGUGACAGCUUCUCAGAACCAAAGGUGGCUGAGUUGGAAAUGCACUAAAACUGAUACAUGACUCAGAACAGUGGGGAUUGCCUGAGAAGCCCCUGAAAUAAUUAAAGUCAAGAUGAAGGCACAAUCUGAAGAAAUCACUGCACUCUUAUGUAAAUUCACCCUGUUCUUCAGCAAACUUGGGACAUAAAGCCUCAAAGGAAAUCAAUAAGACACUUCCGUGAACCUUCCAAAGGGGUACUUUUCUUUGCCCUCCAGAAACGGCCUUUGAUCAUCACAAAUUCCUCUAGCUGAUUAAACUUUUCUCAGCCACCCCACUGGGCAGAAAGUGUCUUCAUGUUUGGUCCUGCAGAGCAUGACGUGAAGAUGGAGAGCCAAGAGCUGGGAAACUGAGCCUUCGCCAUGUUGUAUUGGAGGGAUAGCAGAGCACGUGCAGUCAUUGAUCUUAAGUCAAAAAUGAGUCACCUAAAAAAAAAAAAAAAAAAAGAGUCACCUGCAGAUUUGUGUGCAGCCCAAGCUUAUAUCAAUUUCUCACCUCAUUUACUCCCUUUUCCAGUUAAAAGUAAAAGUGAACAGGUCCCGGACUAGGGGGUGGCAAGUAAGGCACUUGCUUCAGGCACAAAAUUUAAGGGACGGGUGGUGGAUCAGGAUUGGUAAUACAUAUUUUUAAAUAUUGAGGUGAACAUCACAGAACAUAAAAUUAACCAUUUUAAAGUGAACAAUCCAGUGGCAUUUAGUAUAUUCACAAUGUUCUGCAACUGCCAUUUCUAUCUAGUUCCACAACAUUUUCAUCACCCCCAAAUAAAACCCCAUAUAUUAAGCAGUCACUCAUUUCCUGUGCCCCCUUCUUCAGCCCCUGGCAACCACCGAUCUGCUUUCUGUCGCUAUGGAUUUGCCUAUUCUGGACAUUUCAUUUGAAUGGAACCGUACAGCAUGGGUCCUUUGGCAUCCAGCUUCUUUCAUUUGGCAUAAUAAUGUUUUUUGAGCCUCAUCCAUGUUAUAGCAUUUUAUCAGUAUCUCAUCCCUCUUUAGGUCUGAAUAUUAUUUCAUUGUAUCUAUAUACUAUAAUUUGUUUAUCCAUUAAUGUGUUGAUGGGCCCGUGGGUUGCUUCACCUUUUGGCCAUUGUGGAUAAUGCUGCGGUGAGCAUUGGUGGACAAGUAUCUGUUUGAGUCCCUGCUUUCAGUUCUUAUGGUUAUAUACCUAGGAGUGGAAUUGCCAGGUCAUAUGGUAAUUCUAUGCUUAACUUUUUGAGGAAGGAUCAAUAAUAUUUUAAUGCAGUAUUUUUUAAAAAUGAAAAUUAAUGCAAAAACAUUCAUAAUGAACAAAAUAUCUACAUUUUGAAUAAAGACAAGACCCAGCCCUGUGCCUCUCUCACCACCCCUAGUCCUGGCCCUGUUAUACAACCUGCUCCCCUGAUAUGCUUCCUAAUUUUCCUGUCAAAUGUGCUUGACAUGACUUAGUUGUUGCUUACAUUUCAGCUCUGGGAUACUAAUUUAAAUAUUUUAACUGCUCAGUUAGUUUUCUUGUGGUUGUUUUUGGCCUUUUAACUACUUUUUAAAAAAAUAACUGUAAGAUGUUGCAGCAUUAUUUUGUAAGAUGCUACGGAAAAUUCAAAUACCAAACAUGUGCAGAAAUGGAAUGCAUAACUCUGGUAAACAAAAAUAUUAAAGGGCUUCAGUGCUCCACUUGUGAAAAUUACAGCUUUGAAGAUCAAAAGAGGCUCCAAAUAAAAAAAUAAAUAGGUUAAACAGAGCUGGACUCAGGCCUCAUAGAGAGAGGGAUGCAAGCACAGGGGGGUUACUUCACAAUCACAAAGGUGUAGUUUGGCGUGAAUGGAAGUUUUCUCUUUUAGUGACUACCCUUCCUAAAGUCAUUUAUAACAGAGCGCUUUAAUGAUGCAUGUAAAUAGGACCUGAAGGAGAGGCACUUAAGAAGACUCUCUUUCGUUGCUACGUGCGAUUUCUCUCCCUUCUCCUUUUAUGUCUGGCUUAUUUCACUUAGCAGAAUGUUUUCAAAGUUCAUCCAUGUUGUAGCAGGCAUCAGCACUUCAUGCCUUUUCAUUCUUAUGGCUGAAUAAUAUUCCAUCGUGUGGCUGUACCCAUUCCUCUGUUAAGGGACACUGGGUUGCUUCCACCUUUUGGUUGUUGUGAAUAAUGCUGCUGUGAAUGUGGGUGUACGAGUGUCUGAGUCCCUGUUUCCAAUUCUUUUCAGGUCUAUACCUAGGAGUGGAAUUUCUGGGUCAUGUGGUAAUUUUCUGUUUAAGAUUUUGAGGAACUGCCAAACUGUUUUCCACAGCAGCUGCAUCAUUUUACAUUCCCACCAGCAAUGUAUGAGGGUUCCUAUUUCUCCACGAUCCUGGUCAACACUUGUUAUCAUCUUUUUUAUUUUAGCCAUCCUAGUGGGUGUGAAUUGGAAUUUCAUUGUGGGUUCCAUUUGCGUUUCCCUAAUGACUAAUGACGUUGAGCAGUUUUCAUGGGCUUGUUGGUCAUUUGUGUAUCUUCUUUGGAGAAAUGUCAGUCAAGUCCUUUGCCUAUUUUUAAAUUGGGUUGUUUAUCUUUUUGUUGUUGAGUUGUAAGAGUCCUUUACAUAUUCUGGAUAUUAGACCUUUAUUCGAUCAGUACUAGCCAGAAAACUAGCUGGGAGAAAGUGACCAGCCACUCAGUUCUUCCUGAGCUGUAUUUUCUUUGUGAUAGCAUUAUUUGACCUAUUGUAUUGACAUUUGAAUAUGAGUUUGUUAAUAAGCCAAAUGUAAUUAUGACCUGCCAUUUUUGAAAUACCACUUCUUCUAUGAUCAGGAAUAAUCAAUAGGUGAACCAUUUUGAAAAACAGUAAAUUCUAGUGACAUUGCAACUCAUAUUGUCCUUGAACAAAAUAACUUGGCUCCCAUUUUCUUUGGGUUUUGCUAAACAUCAAGGUUUCUCAUUGGUCUAGUGCACAUCCUACUCUAUUUCAAUGUAGGCUUACCACAGGGGACCCAUUAGGCUCUGACAGGACUGCAAAUUUAACCUGAUGAAUUUUGGAUCUUCAGUGUUCAUGUCCAUGAAUAUCUCUAAAAAGAUGGAACCAUUCUGUGGGCAUUAUUCAGUUCCAUCCUUCCUGAGUGGGGCCAGCUUUCCAUCCCUGAGACUUUUCUUUGGUGUUUACUGCUUCCUCUGAGCAUACUAGUGAAAAGCUGGAGAAUUCAGUUGGCACUGUUUGAUUACAGAGUUCAUUUUUAAGCCUUAAUGUUAAGUUUUAAACUUUCCAUCAUUUUACCAAAGGAAAAAUUAUUUUUAAAAUAGACAUAUUGCUAUGAUUUGUUCUCUCUUUGAAAGACUAGGCUUUCAAUUAACAUCUAUUAACAUGCUGGUAGUAUUCUGUAGAGAAAGAUAAUGACCUCGAACCUGCAGGCUGGAGCCAGCGUCACAGGAAACUAAACUUUGCCACAGCGAACUGCCCUCACAAGGGGAUUCUCUGAACUAGAAAAAUCUCACAUACCAUGGGCCAGGAUGUGAGAAUGCUUAUUAUAAUGGUCACUUCUGUGGAGAAUUUAAUGGUAACAUCAAGAUUUAGUUCACCGAGAUUAUCUACAUUUCAGGAGUAGCAAUUUCCGAAUUUAUCUGCACAAGUAUAUGUUGUUUUAAUAUCAGACUUGAGAAGUACGAAGACUCAGAAGUAAUUCAUUUUCAACCCAGAAUGUGACUUCUUUGUCGCCACCAUUGACUCAUCCCAGGAAGAUUUCUGAUAGGAUGAGAUUUUUUUCAUGGUCUUUGAAACACCUUUUUUCUUUUCUGAGUGAAGAUCACAAACUCCAUGGUUUUAUCCCGUAAACUUGACACUUUUCUUCUGUUCCCCAUGAUCGUCCCUUUUUUCCAACUUUCCUAAGUAUAAAAGAUUUUUUUUAAAACCUGCUUAAGCAUGAAACAAAAAGAGCAUGAAUACAACUUACUUGUUGUUUAAAGGAGGCAAUGUCUAAAGCAGGGAUUGACAAACUGUGGCCGCAGCCUAAAUCCUAUCUGUUUUUGUAAAUAAAGUUUUAUUGGAGCACAGACAGGCCCAUUUGUUUA